GAGCGAAAAUGCCAAGCUUGUGGUCACAGAAUUCAGUUAUAACCUUUUUCGAAGCGCAACGGGACAGACCAUAAUAUCUUAUGAGUUUUUUACAAAUAUCACAUUACAAAAUUUCCCAAUACAAAAGACAAUUCCAAUCCUGCAAAGGCACUAUUGAAAGCAAUCGAAAUGGCAGCACUAUCACUCAAGGGACAAGUCGGCAUUGUGACUGGCGCUGGGUCUCCUAGUGGCAUUGGACGAUCACUAGUAGUCGCAUUGGCAAAAUCAGGUGCCAAAGCAGUAUAUGCUUGCGACUUGAACAUGGGAAACAUCCCCUCCCUUCAGAAGAAAAUCGCAGAUAUGGGUCUUUCAUGUCAAGUAGAGGGACGACUCUUGGAUGUUUCAUCAGAAGAAGAAACUUUGGCUCUCAUCAAGGAUAUCCUUAGAAUGCACGGGAGAUUAGAUUUCUAUUUUGCAAACGCUGGGUUCGCGAGUGUCAAAAGCUUAAAUGAUCUUGACUCUGCAUCUUUUGAUCGUGCUAUCAACGUUAUGGUGCGUUCAGUAUAUCUUGGUAUGAGAUUUAGUAGUCAAGCCAUGCAACAUACUUGUGUGGAAAAGCCAAAACCUGGCGGCACCUUUGUCGUAACUUCCUCAAACUCAUCUUUUUCUGGAUCUUUUGGCAAUCUUGCGUACACUACCGCAAAAGCAGCUGUUAACGGUAUGGUCGCAAGUGGCUCCGUUCAACUAUCCGCUAGCAACGUCCGUGUCAAUGGCAUCGCUCCGGGUGCAGUACGAACGAGCAUCUUGGCAAGCACCGAGCAAUUAAGCAGCGGAUUGAAAUUUGACUUGGUCGGUGAGGAGAAGUCAGCGGGAGCGGAUUUCGCAAGUCUCUGGGAAAUGUCUGGAUCUGCAGAUAAAUAUUACUAUGACAAGUUGAUCGACCCCGAAGAAAUCGCAAGCGUUGGCGUUUUCUUGGCUUCCAAUUUGGCUAGUGCAAUUAAUGGGACUGUGGUUGUUGUGGAUAAUGGACAGCUUGCUGCUGCUCAUCGGGAAAAGCUUUUGGGCCCUAUUGCUCCUGUUCAGGCUUUACAACUUUAGGAACUUUAUUGUAUACGAUAAUUGUAUUAUAGACUUUACACACAUUAAUAUAUUAUUAAAAGCAAAAUCA